UGUGUGUGUGUGUGUGUGGGUGUGGGUGUGUGUGUUUGAGUUGUCCAGCAUAUGCUCUGUUGUGUUUCUUCUUCUUGGUGAGUGAGGAGCUGACUGCAGAUUCUCAGAACUGGUUGACAUCAGCAUGGACGUUCACACGCCAACUCCCCGUUCAGGUUUAAAGGAAAUAUUUUCUUCUUCUUUUCCUCCAAAGGUCGUGGACAUCGGAAACGACGCCCACCUGGACGAUGGAAACAUUGCAGCCUUAAUUGGAGGGAUUGUUGGUGCAGUGCUGCUGGUGCUGAUCUGUGUAAUAGCGCUAUUGCUGUGGUGCCUGUCCAGACAUAAAGGCUCAUAUGUCACCAACGAGAUGGACGACGACGACGACGACAUCGUCAACGAUGACGACGAUGACGACGAUGACGACGAUGACGACGAUGACGAUGCCGAGUCCGUCGGUUCCGAUAUGGGGCUCCAAACCCAGGAACCUCUGAAGAUCAAAGAGCAGGAGUAAUGUAGAAUACGGACUUGAGAUGUGCAGUCAGGGACGACAUAGCUUUGUAGCUUUGUCACAGACACCAGAUGUGAAAAUGAAAUUUUUUCAGGGUUGUUAUUUUCCAAAAGUUACCGAUGUCUUACAGCUGCACUGAGCAGAUUUGCACUUUGGCAGAUUAAUGAGGACAGAAUUUAAUUUGAAGAAACUUUUCUCACAUUCUGUUUAUUCUGCCUUUUUUUUUCACCUAAAUAUCAAACACAUUAAGGAAAAAAACGACCUUAAAUUAACCCUGCCUUAAUAAUUAAGUGCCAUUUCCCUUUUUAAAGUCUCUCAUUUUCACCAUCUCACUGUCAUUUUUUAUACAGAAACGAACUGUACAUGUUAAAAACUCCACUUGCCGAUACAGAAGCUGCUGGUUUUUAAAUCUUUUACAGCUCCUGUGACUCCUCCACCAGACAAAUGUGAUUUUUACAGAAAAAUAAACUUCCUUUGUUUUUUAAAAGGGGCCAAACUAACUAACUUACCAGACGCUGAUAAACAUUUACCAGCAUCUUAACUCUUGGUGUUUUUCCACCCUGGUUGCUGUCAUAUUUUAAGCUCCUAACAAUGGCCAACUCUGACUAACACACCGCACUGUUAUGAAUCAGAUGUUAGAAAUAAUGUGGGUAAACAAUUAGACAAGAGAGUUUAUUGUAAUUUUCCAACCUGAAUUCAACCCACACUGAUGUUUUCUCUCUGUAUUUCUGUCUUUUUUUUUUUACUAACAGAAAAUCUGUUUUUCACUUUUUUCAAUAAACAGAAAAACGGUGAUUAAAUACAAGAUGAAAAGACUAAGAGAGAAAGAAACAAGAAAGGAUGCCAACACUUAGUUGCAAUAAUUAAUCAUGUUCUUUUGUUCUGUUAUAAAUAGUGUGGAAGAAGAAGAAUUUAAAACAAUCAUAUUUUUUCAAAAUCUUUGUUUACACAUGUAAUUAUUAAAAUCUCGUCUUUUGCUUUACUUUUAUAAGAAUAAAGUUUACACUUUUUGACA